UCAAAUGCGUCAAAGUCACAGACCCGCUUUCGGAGCGGAAGACAAGAUGGCGGCUGCGAGGAACGGAAAGAGCGGACUGCUGGAGAAGUGGAGGAUCGAUGAGAAGCCGGUGAAGAUCGAUAAAUGGGACGGAGCCGCCGUGAAGAACUCUCUGGAUGACGCUGCAAAGAAGGUGCUGCUGGAGAAGUUCGGCUACGUGGAGAGCUUCGGGCUGGUGGACGGCCGCCUGGUGGUCUGCACCGUGUCCUGCCUGUUCGCCAUGCUGGCGCUGGUCUGGGACUUCCUGCACCCCUUCCCCGAGUCCCGGCCGGUGCUGGCCUGCUGCGUCGUCUCGUACUUCAUCAUGAUGGGGGUCCUGACCCUCUACACCUCCUACAAGGAGAAGAACAUCUUCCUGGUGUCCCUGCAGAAGGAUCCUUCUGGUCUGGACCCGGACCACAUGUGGCAGCUCUCCUCCUCCCUCAAACGGUUCGAUGACCAGUACUCCCUCAGAGUCUCCUUCUCUGAAGGUGGCUGGAGGAACUUCCGUGAGGCGGAGUUCACAAAGUCUGUGUCGACGUGUCCUCUGUGUACCUAA